CAAUUUCUCACUAUUUUUUGUUUUCUCAGGUAUGCAGUUAUUUGUGGAGCAAACAAAGGCAUAGGAUUGGAAUCUGUCAGGCAGUUGGCCUCAAAUGGAUUUAUUGUAGUCUUGACUACCAGAGAUGGAAAGAGGGGUCUUGAAGCUGUUGAGAAACUCAAGGAGUUUGACCUCUCUGGUCGAGUGGUUUUUCAUCAACUUGAUGUAGCUAACCCUGGUACUGUUGCUUCCUUGGCAGACUUCAUCAAAACCCAGUUUGGGAAACUCGAUAUCUUGGUGAACAAUGCAGGGAUUUUUGGAAGCAUAGUAGAUGUUGAUACUUUUAAAGCUGCUGUAGCCUCCGGUGCCAUGGAAAGAGGAGAAGUUGAUUUGAGUAAACUAGUGACUGAAACUUAUGAGUUAACAGAAGAAUGCUUGCAAAUAAACUAUUAUGGUGCUAAAAGAACAGCUGAAGCACUUAUCCCACUCCUCCAGUUAACCGACUCACCGAGAAUUGUUAAUGUUUCGUCUGGCUUGGGGAAGUUAAACAACAUACCAAGCGAUUGGGCUAGAGGAGUUUUUUCAAGUACCCUAAAAAGAUCGGUGGCUGUAAUUAGUGAUUUUUUAAAAAUUUUGGGAAGCCCAACCCGUUUGGAAUCAGUUUCGAAGAGGCGCUAGGUUUAAUGAUUAUGCGAGAAUCAUUUUCUGAUUACGCAGGAAUUAGUACCAACAACAUUCUUAACAAAAAGUUUACCAAACGCCAAACUGCUUUCUCUCACAGCUGAUUUCUCUCACAGCAAAUCUGACAGCGAUUAUUUUAACAGCACAGUAAUGCCAAACUGGCCCGAAGUAGCAUACUCCUUGUUCCAAUAAGGGCGAGAGAGUCUUUGGGUAAGGCAGCCGCAUGCGAAAUCACACUCACAGAGAGUUAAGACCCACAUUCAGAGGAGUCUCUCAACCUUAUCUAAUUGUCUACCGGUGCGGCGGUUCUAUUUAAGAUUUUUUCCCAUCAAUGUAUGUACUUUAAGUUCAAUGUAUGUAUUUUAAUUUUUAAGUCUAGUGGGGAUGAAAAAGUAAGGGAGAAAAAGACAGAAAAGGUGGUGUGUACGUAAGAUUUGUUUCUUGUGAAACAAGUUGUUCCAUAUUUCUAUAGGAUAUUAUUACUUACUCUGCCCUGCAACUGCCUCCACCAAAAUUCUCCAACAACGUGGGCACUUGCGUCACCACGCCCAUUCUUUUCCUUGAAAAU